CUCUGAGAUCCCUAUCGUCUGAGUGCUCGACAAAUGAACACAUGUUUUGAUUGACUGAAUGCCGGACUCUUUGCGUCAAACGAUUGACUCAUUGACUGAUUGAUUGACUCAUUGUUUGUGUGUUUUGUCGGCAAUAGUGUUGUUGUAGUGAACCGUCGGACCCGUCCUCGCAAUGAACGCUCCGCCGGCUUUCGAGUCAUUCCUCCUCUUCGAUGGCGAGAAGAAGAUUAUGAUCGAGAAGGACACGAAAGUGCCGAAUGCGGCCAUCUUUACGGUGCAGAAGGAGGACCACACCGUCGGCAAUAUGAUCCGCAUGCAACUCCUCAAAGACCCACAGGUGCUGUUCGCCGGCUAUAAAGUGCCGCAUCCGCUGACCCACGAGUUUGUACUCCGCGUUCAGACGACACCCGACUACUCACCACAAGAGGCA